CAACCGACACUACAGAGUCCCUUUUGUGUUUUUUUGUUAGCUGUUCAUCUUUUCUUUCUCAGCUCACUUUUUUCUCUUUCAGAUCACUCAAGAUUUUCAUCCUUAAUUUCAGGUUUCUUCAUUCAAGGAUUGUACAUAUGGAUCACGAGACAGGCGAAUCGUUGGAUUCUGUGCCUUCAGAUAAUAUGAGUUGUGAGCAUGGUGAUUUUGAAUGCAAUAUCUGCUUUGAAAUAGCUCAAGAUCCUAUUGUGACUCUUUGCGGUCACCUUUAUUGUUGGCCUUGUCUUUGUGAAUGGUUGCAAGUUCAUUCACAUUCCCAUGAAUGUCCAGUUUGUAAGGCUCUCAUUGAAGACCAGAAGUUAGUUCCUAUAUAUGGUCGAGGCAAGACAAUCUCUGACCCAAGGUCUCACAUACGUCCAAGGAUGAACAUUCCUAACCGUCCAGUAUUUGGGCCAAGACCACAAACAGCUCCAACACUAGAUAUGAACUAUUUCCGACCUGAUGAGUUGGAUCAAAUGGGGGGAUUUAUGCCUAUGGCCAGUGCAAGGUUUGGAAACUUGACAUUAUCUACUCUAUUUGGAGCUAUUCCAUCUUUUUUUAAUCUUCAUGUGCAAGGAUUUCAUGACGCUACUGUAUACGGUGCAACGACGGGAGUUCCAUACCUCUUCUCUAGUUCACUUCAUGGGGGUUAUGCUCAUGGAUUUCAUCAUUCAAUCCAUGUAGAUGGUACAAAGUUUUUUAUUAAGAUGUUUCUCUUGAUUGUCGGUUUCCUCUUAGUUGUUUCCUUAAUUUUGUAGAGAAUUCCAUAAAUUAA